AGAAUUAUGUCCCUCUCGGGCUUCCGUAGGGCGCCGUGGUUUCUAUGGUAACAAAGGAGGUUUGCGUUGAAGCUGCGUGGCUGGCGAUCCCGACACACGGAGAAGAUAGCCAGGCUUAUGGCAAAACACUUUCUCUGUCACUAAACCGGAACAGUAUGGUGAAAAAAUGUCGGCGUCCUCUAGAGGCCAAUCCAGAAGUGCAGCUCCAAGAAGCAAGACUGCUACUCCAACAUCUUCAGCGUCUGCAGCCUCGGCCAGUGCUAGUCGUGCCAAGCCAAGUGACAAGCUGAACCCCAAAACUAUAGACCCGUUUGCCGAGACCCAGCGCUCGUCCUCCCCAUUUGCAGCGAUAUAUUCUAAAGGAGGAAUUCCUUGCAGACUGGUUCAUGGUUCGGUAAAACAUAAGCUACAAUGGGAGCGCUCUCCAGAAAUGAUACCAUUCGACCCUCUGCUCAUAACUUUAGCUGAGGGUCUCAAAGAAACCAGACAUCCUUACACAUUUGUAUCCCAGGAGGGGUUUAAGGAAUUACUGAUGGUUCCUGGUGCUGCAGAAAAAGCUCUGCCCAGUUUACCAAAACUUGCAGCUGCUUUGAAAGGUGCCCUUGUGCACGCCGAUGGUGGAGUUUUUGAAAGAGGACUGAAUGGUUUGGUGCAGCUAAGUGCUGUAGUGGGGCCAGCACUGAAUAUUCAUCUGAAGAAUCUAUUAACCAGUCUUUCGAAAAGAUUAAUGGACAAGAAGUAUAAGGAUGGAGUCACAUCUGCACUGCAGAUUUUGGAACAGUAUGGGGGAAAGGAAAGCCUGGGAAUAAUCAAAUCUAAAAUCCCAACCUACUGCUCCAUCUACAGCUGAAUGUUGGAGCACAGAGAUGUGUGUGGAUGAUCAAGAAUGAAAUCAGCCAGAAUUCUUAUGUCAGAUUCAAGAUUAUACAUGGAGACAUGGACCGGGGCUGGAACCAAAAUAAUGCGUGCCGCUCUUACCUAAGUGUUUUAACCAAAUGUAUGUUUGCUUCAAGGUAACUGGAUUAUAGGAUUUAAUACAUAAAAUUUAACAAU